UCCGUCACCUUUCUUCUCCGUUGCACACUCUUGAGAGGAAGGGGAAGUGGAAGUGGGGAGAGGGAGCGUGUCAUCUUUCCUCUGCGUAAGCCAUGUCUGCGUCUUCCUUACCUCCCUCGCAAACCCUAGUCUCCAGGAAGGUCUCCAAAACCCUGAUCUCCCGGAGCUCUCUGCUCGGAAUCGGUGAUCUGAGUUCCGGGAUUUGGAACCGGAACCUUCUUCCAUGCAAUGCUCGGAGAAACCGGCGUUCCCGAAGGAUCCGGGUGAUCCGGAACGCCUCGGGCGAUCAGAGUGUGCAGACUGCGAUCCCUGCCGUAGCUGUCUCAAGUUCCUCCUCACUUGACUCUUCUUCUAUUGCAUCAAAUAUCCAAUUUCAUGCUGAAUUCACUCCUUCAUUCUCUCCAAAGGACUUUGGUUUACCCAAAGCUUACCAGGCAACUUCAUUGAGUGUUCGUGAUUCUCUAAUAAAAAACUUGAAUGAAACAUAUGAGCAUUAUGAGAAGAUAAAUGGAAAGGAGGCAUGUUAUUUAUCCAUGGAAUUUCUACAGGGUAGGGCACUUUUGAAUGCUGUAGGGAAUUUAGAGCUCACCGGUGCUUAUGCAGAAGCACUGAAGCAGCUUGGCCAUGAUCUGGAAAACAUUGCGGAACAGGAACCAGAUGCUGCACUUGGGAAUGGAGGCCUUGGUCGGUUAGCUUCAUGUUUCUUGGACUCCCUGGCAUCAUUGGACUACCCUGCAUGGGGCUAUGGCCUCAGGUAUAAGUAUGGGUUAUUUCACCAGCGCAUAACAAAAGAUGGUCAAGAAGAGGUUGCAGAAAGUUGGCUUGAGAUGGGGAACCCCUGGGAGAUUGUAAGAUAUGAUGUUACCUAUCCUGUGAAGUUCUAUGGCAAAGUUGUGGAAGGUUUGGAUGGGAGAAAACGUUGGGUUGGUGGAGAAGAUAUUGAUGCUGUUGCUUAUGAUGUUCCUAUACCUGGUUACAAAACUAAAACGACACUUAGCCUCCGUUUGUGGUCCACAAAAGUUCCAGCCCAAGAUUUUGAUUUGCAAGCUUUCAAUGCUGGAGACCAUUCGAAGGCAAUUGAGGGCCAGACAAAUGCUGAAAAGAUUUGCUAUAUAUUAUAUCCUGGGGAUGAGUCUGUUGAGGGAAAGAUUCUACGACUAAAGCAGCAAUACACCCUGUGUUCUGCCUCUCUUCAAGACAUCAUUGCUCGUUUUGAGAGGAGAUCUGGAGAUGUUGUCAAUUGGGAAGAGUUCCCUUCAAAGGUUGCUGUUCAAAUGAACGAUACGCACCCAACACUGUGCAUACCGGAGCUGCUCAGGAUAUUAAUUGAUGUCAAAGAUUUGAGCUGGGAGGAAGCUUGGAAAAUUACACAAAGAACUGUUGCCUACACAAAUCACACAGUUCUUCCCGAGGCACUGGAGAAGUGGAGCUUAGAGAUCAUGCAAAAUCUGCUGCCACGGCAUGUGGAGAUCAUAGAAAGGAUAGAUGAGGAGUUAAUUGGGAAGCUUGUUACAGAAUAUGGCACGGAGGAUAUUGACUUAUUGGAGAAAAAGAUCUCUGAAAUGAGGAUACUAGAAAAUUCUCCUUUUCCUGCAUCAGUUGCACCAUUAUUCAUUAAACCUGAAGUGAAAGAAGAAAAGGCUGAGGAAACUGCAGUUAGUGCAGAUGGGGAAAUCAAAUCUACUGAGAACAAAAUUAUGAAUGAAGAGCUGACAGAAGGUAAAGGACCAGAGGUCCAAACCCUGGAAUCUUCGGAGAUGAAAGCUACAACUGAUAAACCAAAACAGAACGAAGAGGAAGAAAAAGCUAAAGUGCCAGAAAUCCAACUCCCGAAGACUGUUCGCAUGGCAAAUCUGUGUGUUGUUGCAGGCCAUGCUGUAAAUGGUGUUGCUGAAAUACACAGUGACAUAGUAAAAAAUGAAGUUUUCAAUGACUUUUACAAGCUGUGGCCUGAGAAGUUCCAAAAUAAGACGAAUGGAGUAACCCCAAGGCGAUGGAUGCGUUUCUGCAAUCCAGGGCUGAGUGGAAUAAUUACCAAAUGGCUUGGUACGGAGGACUGGAUACUGAACACUGAGAAACUAGCCGAGCUUCGGCAGUUUUCUGAGAAUGAAGAACUGCAUGCUGAGUGGAUUUCUGCAAAAAGAAGCAACAAAUUAAAGUUAGUUUCAUUCAUCAAAGAAAAGACAGGCUAUGUUGUCAGCCCAGACGCAAUGUUUGAUAUUCAGGUGAAGCGCAUCCACGAAUAUAAGCGGCAGUUGUUGAAUAUCCUAGGCAUUGUAUACCGGUAUAAGAAAAUGAAGGAGAUGAGUCCUGAAGAAAGAAAUGCAGAAUUUGUUCCACGGGUAUGCAUACUUGGAGGAAAGGCUUUUGCUACAUAUGUGCAAGCAAAGAGAAUAGUAAAACUAGUCAAUGAUGUUGGAGCUGUUAUAAAUCAUGAUCCUGAUAUUGGUGAUCUGCUGAAGGUAAUUUUUGUUCCUAACUACAAUGUCAGUGUUGCAGAACUGCUCAUUCCUGCCAGUGAACUAUCUCAGCACAUCAGUACUGCUGGGAUGGAGGCUAGUGGCACGAGUAAUAUGAAGUUUGCAAUGAAUGGCUGUGUUUUGAUUGGGACACUUGAUGGGGCUAAUGUCGAAAUACGUGAAGAGGUUGGUGCAGAGAACUUUUUCCUGUUUGGUGCACAAGCUCAUGAGAUUGCUGGAUUGAGGAAAGAAAGAGCUGAAGGAAAGUUUGAACCUGAUCCUCGAUUUGAGGAGGCAAAAGAAUUUAUCCUAAGUGGGGCCUUUGGAAAGUACGAUUACUCUUCUUUGCUUGGAUCCUUGGAAGGGAAUGUGGGGUAUGGCCGAGGAGACUAUUUCCUUGUUGGUAAGGACUUUCCAAGUUAUAUCGAAUGUCAACAGGAAGUUGAUGCUGCUUACAGAGACCAGAAAAGAUGGACAAAAAUGUCAAUCAUGAACACCGCAGGCUCCUACAAGUUUAGCAGCGAUAGAACCAUACACGAGUAUGCCAGAGACAUAUGGGGCAUCCACCCUGCUCACUUGUCUUGAGAUGUGGAUGUCUGAAGGCCGAACCUGAUCGCUUGCUUCUCUUUGGAAGGUAGUUUGUUUUUCAUCCUCCACCAUGGUUAGCUACUCUAGCUAAGCUUAUCUGAGCGCCGUGUCCAAGCCUACGACACUAAGGAAGCCUGUAUAUCUUGCGAUAAAUAAUGAAUAGGCAAGCUGAUACUUUUCUGUCAAGGGAUUCUGCAUGCCCAUCACAAACAACACUCUUUUUUAUCUUGUAUUUAGUCAUAAAGCUGAUGGUUGCAAUAAUAUCAUGAACUAUUUCCUCCAGCAAAAUAA